UCUCUCUCUCUCUCUCUCUCUCUCUCUCUCUCUCUCUCUCUCUCUCUCUCUCGGAUUUCAAGUUCAGUAGUAGAGCAGUAGUAUUAGCACUACUUACAUAGUAAUUAGACGCAAGAACUAUGGCCGGCGGCGGUGGCGGCGGAGGUGGAGGUGGAGAUUUCUUGCCGUUCUUGGCCAUGGUUCUUGUGCAGGUGGGGUUCGCCGGAAUGAACAUAAUCUCCAAGCUGGCCAUGGAUUCCGGCAUGAACCCUUUUGUCCUCGUCGCUUACCGCCAGCUGUUCGCCACUGUUGCCAUCGUUCCCUUGGCUUAUUUCUUGGAAAGAAAAACGAGACCGAAGAUCACCAAGUCUAUUCUGUUCCAAAUUUUCUUAUGUUCCAUUUUGGGGGCAACCUCGAACCAGAUAUUUUACUUCAUUGGGCUAAAAAAUUCCACCCCGACGAUUGCUUGUGCACUGAGCAACACACUCCCUGCAGUAACUUUCAUCCUCGCCGUCCCUUUCAGGCUGGAAACUGCAAGACUAAGGAGCAGGGCAGGGCAAGCUAAGGUGUUUGGGACAAUAGUUUGCGUAGGCGGUGCAAUGCUGCUGUCAUUUUACCAUGGAGGAACCAUUGGCAUAGGUGAAUCCCACAUUCACUGGAAACUAGCUGAUGGAAUUAGUAAAACGAGUGCCAGCAGUCAAGGAAAUUUCAUCUUGGGUCCAUUUCUUGUGAUCACUAGCUGUGUAGCUUGGGCAGCUUGGUUCAUAAUCCAGGCAAGGGUGAGUGAGAAGUUUGCAGCUCCUUACACUAGCUCAGCAAUUAUGUGUUUCAUGGCCAGCAUACAGUGCUUGGUCAUCGGCGCCUGCGCGGAACGCGACCUGUCUGCUUGGUCACUGAGCUCCGGCAUAAGACUCGUUGCUUCUCUUUAUGCGGCACUUGUGGGUUCUGCUCUAGCAUUUUGCCUCAUGAGCUGGUGCAUACAAAGGAAAGGCCCCCUCUUUGUCUCUGUGUUCAGCCCCUUGUUGCUUGUGAUUGUGGCCAUUCUCAGCUGGGCUCUUCUCCAAGAAAAGUUAUACGUUGGAACUGUUGUAGGGUCUCUUCUGAUUGUGGGUGGGCUCUAUGCUGUUCUAUGGGGAAAGGAGAAGGAGAUAGCUUCACCAGAGGGUGAUGAUCAACAGAUGGAAGAAGGCAAGGGAGGGAAGAAGCUAGAGGACUUGGAGAGGCAAGUGAGUAUGGGUUUAAAUGAGAAAGCACAUGCUGCAAGUUAAAUUAAAUUAGGGAAAAUAUAUUAAGAAGUGAAGUUAAGGCUAGUGAAUGGUCAAUCAAAAUCAAAUUCAAUGUGUUUGUUGAAUAUAUAUAUAUAUAUAUGCCAUGCUAUGCUCUGCCCUCAUUGCCUCUCAGCUUGUUACAUAAACCCAAGUUUUGUUUGGGUUUCUUUAUUCUCAGCUUGACUGAAAGGGUUUAAAAAAAAAUAGAGAGAAAGAGAGAGAGAGUUCAUUCUAAAUUUAUGUUUUUAUUUAUUUUAUUUUUUCCUAAUGUUGUUUGACCUAUGCAAAGGGGUUUCCAAAGAGAAAGAAGAUUAAUUUAAAAAUAUAUAUUGAUGCUGCUGUAAAAUUCUGAAAUAUAUAUAAGAAUUCCCAUGUUUCCGACUC